CAGAAAAGCUUAUAAGAAUUGUACUACCCUCUUGAAAUACAACGAUAAAAAAAAAAAUUUUGUUCGGCUUAAGCUCCUGAUAAUUUUUAUACUAGCAAGUACUACAUAUACUGCAUUUAUGCCUUUUACAAAGUGGCCAGGGGCUCCUUCCACUUACACGGAUGAAUUAAAAAAGUUUGAAGUAAAAUAUAGUAACCAACUUUUUUUGGUUAAGACACUUUCCUUGCUUUACAGCCUGAGCUUUAUUUGCGAAAACUCUACUACAAUUUUUAAAAAUUUACUGGCAGAACUUAAAAGCUUGGAUAAAAGAUUAAACCACAUAAACAAAGUUUACGACAAUAUUGAGGCUAAACUUAGAAUACUGCCUUUUGAAUCUCUUUCCAAUAAAAAAUUAACUGGGACUCUCACAACUGUUUCCCUUUCGCAGGAGAUCCAACUACUAUGGGAGAAAUCGACACUGCCGACCACAAGUGCUUGUAUAGUAGAACUGAAAUCACUUUGUCGAAAGUGGCCCAUCCUCAAUCUUCUGAGAGACCUACAGACCGAGGAAGCACGAAAUGCCUUACGCUUGUAUUCCUUUCCUGGAGCCGUGACGGAAAAAUGGCUAGAAGCAAACUUAAAAGCAACAAGUACAAAAUUAUUUAUAGAAAAAACGAUAGCCUCGACAAAACCUCUUCACUUAGCUGAAGACUUUGCGGAUGACCCGAAAUGCCAGUUAAUCAAAGCUAUUGCGGAAAAAAGGAUGGAAGAGAAACAGAGAAGAGACCAAAAGGAAACAUAUAAAAUCGGAGCAAUGAUAAAAACUUUAAACUUUCUUGAAGAGCCGGAGAAGAAUAUGGAAAGUAAAGCCGAAGAGCAACCCUUUAAAUAA